GCAUGCUCCGCCCAGCCUGAGAGAAGGAAGGGAAGAAGAUGGCGGCCUCCUCUGUAUGCCGGGUCGGCGGCGCCGCGGCUCGGGCCCUUCUCCGCGCUCGCGGCUCGCCUUCUCUAUUAAAGGUGCCCACAGCUCGUAGUGCAGCUACCUUUGUUCAAACUCUCCAGAACAUUCCAGCAACCCAAGUCACCAUGCUGGACAGUGGGCUUCGGGUGGCUUCUGAGGACUCCAACCAACAUACCUGUACAGUGGGAGUUUGGAUAGAUGUUGGCAGCCGCUAUGAAAAUGAAAACAACAAUGGAGCUGGCUACUUUGUGGAACACUUGGCAUUCAAGGGUACAAAGAAGCGUCCUGGGAAAACAUUGGAAGAAGAAGUAGAAAGGAUGGGUGCCCAUCUAAAUGCUUACACCACUCGGGAGCACACCGCCUACUAUAUCAAAGCACUGAGUAAAGACCUUCCUAAAGCUGUUGAAAUCUUGGGUGACAUUGUGCAGAACUGCAGCUUGGAGGACUCCCAGAUUGAGAAGGAGCGAAAUGUGAUUCUUCAAGAAAUGCAGGAGAAUGACAGCUCCUGGCGGGAUGUGGUAUUUGAUUAUCUUCAUGCUACUGCUUAUCAAGGCACUCCCCUUGCCCAGGCUGUGGAAGGACCCAGUGAGAAUGCCAGGAAACUGUCUAGGCAAGACUUGGCUGAAUUUAUUGAUACUUACUACAAGCCCCCUCGAAUGGUGCUGGCUGCUGCAGGAGGUGUGGAGCACAAGCAGCUGGUGGACCUGGCUCAGAAGCAUUUCGGCAGUGCCCCCACAGCAUACACUGAGGAUGCUGUACCUCUCCUGUCAUCCUGCCGCUUCACAGGCAGUGAGAUCCGUCACCGGGAUGAUGCUAUGCCUCUAGCUCAUGUGGCUAUUGCAGUUGAGGGCCCAGGCUGGGCCAGCCCUGAUAACAUUGCACUCUCAGUAGCCAACUCUAUCAUUGGUCACUAUGAUUGUACCUAUGGAGGGGGUGUGCAUCAGUCGAGUCCAUUGGCAGCUGUUUCUGUGGCGAACAAGCUCUGCCAGAGUUUCCAGACCUUCAACAUCUGCUACUCAGAAACCGGCCUGUUUGGCAUCCAUUUUGUCACUGAUAAGAUGAACAUAGAUGAUAUGGUGUUCUUCCUUCAGGGCCAGUGGAUGCGUCUGUGUACCAGUGCCACUGAAAGUCAGGUGAUGAGGGGCAAAAACAUCCUGAGAAAUGCUUUGGUGUCUCAUCUGGAUGGUACCACCCCUGUGUGUGAAGACAUUGGACGUAGCCUUCUGACCUAUGGCCGCCGCAUUCCUUUGUCCGAAUGGGAGAGUCGGAUAUCGGAGAUUGAUGCCAGUGUUGUAAGGAAAGUUUGCUCCAAAUACCUGUAUGACCAGUGCCCCGCAGUGGCUGCAGUGGGUCCCAUCGAACAACUCACUGACUACAACCGUAUCCGCAGUGGCAUGUUCUGGCUGCGAUUUUAGGGGCCACACCCAGUUGAGGGUGGGAACUGUGAGAUUCAGGCCCUUGGAGGUGCUCUGCUCAGGAAGACUCCCUCCACAAACACCUGUCUGGUAACAGCCAUCCAGUUUCUUGGGUGAGCAGUCCUGUCUCAGAUCAUGUUUAAAUAAAAGUAAUUUAAGUUGAA